UCCGGAGGCGCUGGCUGCGCUACUGUCUUGACGGCAGCACUGACGCUCUGCCAGGGGCUGUGAAGGAUACAGAAAUGUUUGUGAAUCAACCCAUUUCAUCAAGGAGCUAAUAAUCUAGUGGAGGAAUUAGACACGCGCACACGUGACUGUAUUUUGAGGCAGUCUCUGAGCUUAUGUUCUCUGUGGAAGAUGUAACAUAUCCAGAUAGUAUAUCACGAUGCAAGGCAGUACAUGUCAUAGAAUGUCGUUCCACCCAGGACGAGGGUGUCCCCGAGGGCGAGGAGGUCAUGGAGCCAGACCCUCAGCACCAGCCUUCAGGCCCCAAAACCUGAGACUGCUUCACCCUCAGCAGCCUCCCGUGCAGUACCAAUACGAACCUCCCAGCGCCCCUUCCACCACUUUCUCCAACUCUCCAGCCCCUAAUUUUCUGCCUCCAAGGCCAGACUUUGUGCCCUUCCCUCCACCCAUGCCUCCGUCAGCACAAGGCCCCCUACCCCCCUGCCCAGUCCGGCCGCCCUUCCCCAACCACCAGACGAGGCCUCCCUUCCCCAUGCCUCCUUGUUUUCCUCCCAUGCCGCCUCCAAUGCCCUGUCCCAAUAACCCCCCAGUCCCUGGAGCACCUCCUGGGCAGGGCACUUUCCCCUUCAUGAUGCCCCCGCCAUCCAUGCCCCACCCCCCGCCCCCUCCCGUGGUGCCGCAGCAGGUCAAUUACCAGUACCCUCCGGGAUACUCGCACCACAAUUUCCCACCUCCCAAUUUUAAUAGCUUCCAGAACAACCCCAGUUCCUUCCCACCCAGUGCUAAUAAUGGCAGUAGCCCUCAUUUCAGGCACCUCCCUCCGUACCCACUCCCAAAGGCUCCCAGUGAGAGGAGGUCCCCAGAAAGGCUCAAGCACUAUGAUGAUCACAGGCACCGGGAUCACAGCCAUGGGCGGGGCGAGAGGCACCGGUCCCUGGAUCGGCGGGAGCGAGGCCGAAGUCCCGACAGGAGGAGGCAGGACAGCCGCUACAGAUCCGAUUACGACCGAGGGAGGACGCCUUCCCGCCACAGGAGCUAUGAGCGGAGCAGAGAGCGGGAACGGGAGAGACACAGGCACCGGGACAGCCGAAGAUCACCAUCUCUGGAAAGGUCCUACAAAAAAGAGUAUAAGAGAUCUGGAAGGAGUUAUGGUUUGCCAGGUACUCCUGAACCUGCUGGAUGCACACCAGAAUUACCUGGGGAGAUUAUUAAAAAUACAGAUUCUUGGGCCCCACCCCCGGAGACUGUGAAUCAUCGCUCCCCAAGUAGGGAGAAGAAGAGAGCUCGUUGGGAGGAAGAAAAAGACAGAUGGAGUGACAACCAGAGCUCUGGCAAAGAGAAGAAUUAUACCUCAAUCAAGGAAAAAGAGCCGGAGGAGGCACUGCCUGACAAAAAUGAGGAGGAGGAGGAAGAACUCCUUAAGCCUGUGUGGAUUCGAUGUACCCACUCAGAAAACUACUACUCCAGUGACCCCAUGGAUCAGGUGGGAGAUUCUACUGUCGUUGGAACGAGUAGGCUCCGUGACUUAUAUGACAAAUUUGAGGAGGAGUUGGGGAGCAGGCAGGAGAAAGCCAAAGCUGCUAGACCCCCGUGGGAACCUCCCAAGACAAAGCUAGACGAAGAUUUAGAGAGUUCCAGUGAAUCCGAAUGUGAGUCCGAUGAGGACAGCACCUGUUCUAGCAGCUCAGACUCUGAAGUCUUCGACGUCAUUGCAGAAAUCAAACGCAAAAAGGCCCAUCCUGACCGACUUCACGAUGAACUUUGGUACAAUGACCCAGGCCAGAUGAAUGAUGGCCCACUCUGCAAAUGCAGCGCAAAAGCAAGACGCACAGGAAUCAGGCACAGCAUUUAUCCCGGCGAAGAGGCCAUCAAGCCCUGUCGUCCUAUGACCAACAAUGCUGGCAGACUUUUCCACUAUCGAAUUACAGUCUCACCUCCUACAAACUUUCUAACCGACAGGCCGACUGUGGUCGAGUAUGAUGACCAUGAGUAUAUCUUUGAAGGAUUUUCUAUGUUUGCACAUGCCCCCCUGACCAAUAUUCCACUGUGUAAAGUAAUUAGAUUCAACAUAGACUACACGAUUCAUUUCAUUGAAGAGAUGAUGCCUGAGAAUUUUUGUGUGAAAGGACUUGAACUCUUUUCAUUAUUUCUAUUCAGAGAUAUUUUGGAAUUGUAUGACUGGAAUCUUAAAGGUCCUUUGUUUGAAGACAGUCCUCCCUGCUGCCCAAGAUUUCAUUUCAUGCCACGUUUUGUAAGAUUUCUUCCAGACGGAGGAAAGGAAGUGCUGUCCAUGCACCAGAUCCUUCUCUACUUAUUACGGUGUAGCAAAGCCCUGGUUCCCGAAGAGGAGAUCGCCAAUAUGCUUCAGUGGGAAGAACUUGAGUGGCAGAAAUAUGCAGAAGAAUGCAAAGGCAUGAUCGUCACCAACCCUGGAACGAAACCAAGCUCCGUCCGCAUCGAUCAACUGGAUCGUGAGCAGUUCAAUCCCGAUGUGAUUACUUUUCCGAUUAUCGUCCACUUUGGGAUACGCCCUGCACAGUUGAGUUAUGCUGGAGACCCACAGUACCAGAAACUGUGGAAGAGUUAUGUGAAACUUCGGCACCUCCUAGCAAAUAGUCCUAAAGUCAAACAAACUGACAAGCAGAAGUUGGCACAGAGGGAGGAAGCACUCCAGAAAAUACGACAGAAGAAUACCAUGAGGCGAGAAGUAACAGUGGAGCUGAGUAGCCAAGGAUUCUGGAAAACUGGCAUCCGUUCUGAUGUCUGUCAGCAUGCAAUGAUGUUGCCUGUUUUGACCCAUCAUAUUCGCUACCACCAAUGCCUAAUGCAUCUGGACAAGUUGAUAGGAUAUACUUUCCAAGAUCGUUGUCUGUUACAGUUGGCCAUGACCCACCCAAGUCAUCACUUAAAUUUUGGAAUGAAUCCUGAUCAUGCCAGGAAUUCUUUGUCUAACUGUGGAAUUCGGCAACCCAAAUAUGGAGAUAGAAAAGUUCAUCACAUGCACAUGCGGAAAAAAGGAAUUAACACCUUAAUAAAUAUUAUGUCACGCCUUGGCCAAGAUGACCCAACUCCCUCAAGGAUUAAUCACAAUGAACGGUUGGAGUUCCUGGGUGAUGCUGUUGUUGAAUUUCUGACCAGUGUGCAUUUGUACUACUUGUUUCCUAGUCUGGAAGAGGGAGGAUUAGCAACCUAUCGGACUGCCAUUGUUCAGAACCAGCACCUCGCCAUGCUAGCGAAGAAACUUGAACUGGAUCGAUUUAUGCUUUAUGCUCAUGGACCUGACCUAUGUAGAGAAUCAGACCUUCGACAUGCAAUGGCUAAUUGUUUUGAAGCAUUAAUAGGAGCUGUUUACUUGGAGGGAAGCCUGGAGGAAGCCAAACAGUUAUUUGGACGCUUACUCUUUAAUGAUCCGGACCUGCGCGAAGUCUGGCUCAAUUAUCCUCUCCACCCACUCCAGCUUCAAGAGCCAAAUACUGAUCGACAACUUAUUGAGACUUCUCCAGUUCUACAGAAACUUACUGAAUUUGAAGACGCAAUUGGAGUAAUUUUUACCCAUGUUCGACUUUUGGCAAGAGCGUUCACAUUGAGAACUGUGGGAUUUAACCAUCUGACCCUAGGCCACAAUCAGAGGAUGGAAUUCCUUGGUGACUCCAUAAUGCAGCUGGUAGCCACAGAAUACUUAUUCAUUCAUUUCCCAGAUCAUCAUGAAGGACACUUAACUCUGUUGCGAAGCUCUUUGGUGAAUAACAGAACUCAAGCCAAGGUGGCAGAGGAACUGGGCAUGCAGGAAUACGCCAUCACCAAUGACAAGACCAAGAGGCCCGUGGCCCUUAGGACCAAGACCUUGGCUGACCUUUUGGAGUCAUUUAUUGCAGCGCUGUACAUUGAUAAGGAUUUGGAAUAUGUUCAUACUUUCAUGAAUGUUUGUUUCUUUCCUCGAUUAAAAGAGUUCAUCUUGAAUCAGGAUUGGAAUGACCCCAAAUCCCAGCUUCAGCAGUGUUGCUUGACACUUAGGACAGAAGGAAAAGAGCCAGACAUUCCUCUGUACAAGACUCUGCAGACAGUGGGGCCAUCCCAUGCUAGGACCUACACCGUGGCUGUCUACUUCAAGGGAGAAAGAAUCGGCUGUGGGAAAGGACCAAGUAUCCAGCAAGCAGAAAUGGGAGCAGCAAUGGAUGCCCUUGAAAAAUAUAACUUUCCCCAGAUGGCCCAUCAGAAGCGGUUCAUUGAACGGAAAUACAGACAAGAGUUAAAAGAAAUGAGGUGGGAAAGAGAGCAUCAAGAGAAAGAGCCAGACGAGACUGAAGACAUAAAGAAAUAAAGGCGAGCACGGGAGUGGUGGAGUAUUUACUUGCUUAAUAACUGUGACUGUUGCCUGCUGAGACCUAGCCUAGUUUUCGUGGAGACAGUUAUGAAUAAGGUGUGCCCAUUGAGAUGAAACACAAAGUCAAGUCACUCUUGUCGUUGCCCUGAUCUCAUAUGCAGUUUUUAGUUGGAUGGUCUUUAUUACAAAGUAUCUGAUUUCUCUUCUAUUUAGUGGAACCCUUCACUUGGGUAAAUGUGCAUAUUCCCUGUUAUUUUGCUCUUUAAACGAUAAAAUUUAAAAUGUAUAUUCUACGUGGAAGAGAUCCUGCUUUUUUCUAUCUGUCUGAGAUUGUGACUCCAGACUUUCAGCUGACAAGCAAAAAAUUCACUUUACCAGAUGUUUGGGCUGUGCUCUGUAAAUAUCUAUACUGUUUGAAAUCUCUGGAUUAUUAACUCGAUUUUUCAGCUUUCAUAUGGGUGUUCCUCAUGUUCUCAGCUGCAAACAUUGUGUGUACCCUCGCUAACAGGUGAAUCCUGCAUAGAAGGAAUCCCUUUAACAUUUAAUUGGCUAAUGAUGGGACGGGGGAAGACUGAUAUUUGAGUCACAUAUGUUGCUUGAAUCACUAGAAUAGGGAGGAAAUCAUGAUUCCAAGCCAGAUGACAUAUUUUAAACCAGAUGCUCUUACCCUGGGGUCAGUGGACCCUUUUAGAAGUUCAUAGACAGACUUCAGGAAAGUCUCCGUAUAUCUUGAAAUUGUAUUGGAUUUGGGGAGGUGGGGGGAGCAGGAAGAGGAGGGUUCAUAGCUUUCAUCAGCUCAAAGUGGUCCUUGUAAUAAAGGGCUAACACUGCAUGAAAAGACAUAACAUCUUUUUAAUGUUAUUUUAAACUGAACCUCACUGGUUUAUUAUUAAUAAAGACAAAGCUUCUUUUUUAAAACAAAUGUAUUUUUAUUCAUUACUUUAAUAGAUAUCUAGUUGGUGCCUACAAUGUGUCAGGCAUUGUUCUAGGCUCUGGGGCUAUAGCAGUGAACAAAAUAAAAUUCCCUGCCUUUGGGAGAGCUUGUGUGCUAGUGAAGGAAUACACACAAUGACAGGACAUAGAAUGCAUGUCACAAGGCGAGGUACAUGAUGGCCAAAAUAAAGUAGGGGGUGAGAUGGGUGCAGCUUUCAAUCAGGUGGUUGGGGAAGCUCCCCAAAAGGGUAUCAUCUGAGUUAAGAAGGAAAGGAGGAGAGGGAGCCAUCCAGGUAUCUGGAGGGUUCCUGUUUUCUAUAACUGUUAAGUGUUACAUAUGCAUUGUUGAAAAUCUGGAGAAUGUGUUACUUUUAUUAGCAGGAGAAAGAAACAAAUGUUACUUUGGAAAUAUUGUGGAGAAAGUAGAAAGCAGAAGCAGAAGAAAAAAUCACCUGUGAUUCUAUCAGCUAAAGAUAUUUAUAUUGCCAGACCUUCUGCGUAUACACACAUAUGCACACGUGUGCUCAAGUGCACCUUCACAAUAGGGUACCCUAUAUAUGAUUUCCAAACCUUUCUUUCUUAUUAACUAAUAAAUCAUCUCUCAGUGUCGAAUCCACAUUUACAUUGUUGGCUGUGUAUUAAUACCUACCUCCUAUGCCAGGUUAUACUGUAAUUUAUUGACUGCUCUAAUGAAAGAUGUAUAGGUUGUAAGUAAUUUGCUGCUGUCAUAGACAAUGCUGUCAUAUACCGUACAUACACAUAUACACGUGCACGCACACACACGUACACACACCCACACACACAAACACAGAAUAGAGAGAGAGGAGUGAGAGAAGACCUCUCUAGAGUUUGUUAACUUGUUAAUCAUAAAAAUGUAAGAAGGUGCCUGUAAGAAAAAGUUGUGCUGGCGCUCCUCUCUGACAGAGGAGGACUAGGAGGGGAAGAAUGCUGAAUUCAUCAGUAGCCUUGAGACUGUUAGAGCAAAAGCCAAAAAAGCAACAGAAAAUGGUUGAACUCUUUUUAAACAAACACUUUCACUAGUUUUGUAUGUGCAUCAAAGUAAUGCCAAAGCCAGCAUGCUGUUCAGAAAUUUUCAUUGUUCCUGCCCUUUUCCUCUCUGUAGUAUUCUGGCCUUUUUCAGGUUCUCACCAUAUUAAUGGCUUUUGAAGCCCGAAGAAGUUAAGUCCAUAACACAGUAGAAAACCUCUUGCAGUGAAACAUGUCAAGCACAUGUCAGGGCAGGUUAGCUUCGGGGCCUCUACUGAGCAGUCAUGAGGCCAGUGGCCAGACUCUGUAACCAGCCACACAGACCAGCUCAGCAGGCCACUGUGACCACAGUCCCCACUUGGCCUCCAACCCAACCUAACUCGGUCUUCUCACCUUCCAGUUCUGGUCAUGAGCGGCACCAGUGAGAGUGUAUAUCGUUCAUUAAUUCAACUGUGUUGUGUUAUUAUUCAUGGAGGCUGAAUAUUAAGGUUCUUUCUCAGAAGACACUUAGGUUCUAGUCAGGGAGACAGUGAAGUGACGGUGCAUCUACCGACAAAAGGCCUCUGAGACUGGGAGGCGGAGAGAAGGCCAGACAGGGACGGCUUCACAGAGGAGUUAAUACUUGAGGAGUUAACUGAACCUUGAAGAUGAGAGGCAGCUUGCGAGAUGUGGACAUUUCCUUCUAAGGAAGCAACGGGGUGGCAAGAAAAUGAGUUAGGAUCCUGCUGUAUUCCACGAGAGAUGUGAUGAAGGCCUGAAACAGGGCGUGCUGGGAUAGAGCAGAUUUGAAAGAUACAUAGGAGGUAGAAGCUACAGGCCAUGGAGUAGGGCAGGGUGUCUCAGCCUCUGUGCUAGUGACCUUUUAGGCCAGAUGAUUCUUUGCUGGGAGCAGGAGGUUCUGUCCCGUGCGUUGUAGGCUGUUUAACCACAUUCCUAGCCUCUGCCCGCCAGAUUCACUAGCGUCCAUUCCCCCCAGUUGUGACAUCUAAAAAUGUCUUCAGGUGUUGCCAAAUGUCCCCUGGGGACAAGAUAAUCACCCCUGGUUGAGAACCGCCGAGGCAGGAGAAAUGAAGUGAAAGCUAACACCACGCUAAUUUUUGUACAAUCAAGAUACAAACUCUUUAGAGAAAAGCAGAAUCACGUGUUGAGUUGGCCGUAUUGAACUUCAGGGCCUAUGGGAUGUCUCUCUGGAGAUGCUGAAUAAGUGGUUGCAUACAUGGUUUUAUUGCCCAACAAAGAUAUCUGAGCUUGAGUACAGAUUAGAAAUGGACUCAAAACCCUCGAUGGUUUUUGUACAUCUACAAAGGAGAACAUCAUUUUUCCCAGGUUGGAGACAGGAAACCAUUCCAGGGAUGUAUUGCUUUGAAACUAUAGGCUUCAUACAUGAGAUAAAUUUACACCAGAGAGGGAACUCAGCUUCCAUCUGAACUAUUUCAACUCUAGCUGAGCUUUCUUAAACCAACUGACAGAAUUUCUAUCGUCAUCCUUGUUUGUGACGUUUUUGUGAAAUUUCCCUAGGAUUACCCUGUACAAAGUGGAGAAGACUCUUUAUGAAUUAGCUGGGUUCCAUGAGAUUGAUCUGAACGGGGAGUAACAACACACUAAGGACUUGCAGACACGUUCCCUCAAGCUGCUUGAGCUACUAGCCCUCAAAUCUUCCCUGGACCUUCAUUAUUUAUUCUAUUUUGUGAAGCAUGAAAUAAAGCAUAAUUAGGCAUUAUAAUAUUUCUUUUGUAUAAAUAUCAGAACAUUUAAGAGAACAACCUGUGGAAGAAAUUCUUAAUGGGCCACAAAAAUUUUUUGUUCUUUUUUAAAAAAAUUUAUUUAUUGGCUGCAUUGGGUCUUCGUUGCUGUACACGGGCUUUCUCCAGUUGCGGUGAGCUGGGGCUACGCUUCGUUGCAGUGUGCCAGUUUAUUGCAGUGGCUUCUCGUGUUAUGAAGCACGGGCUCUAGGCACACGGGCUUCAGUAGUUGUGGCUUGAAGGCUCAAUAGUUGUGUCUCAUGGGCUCUACAGUGCAGGCUCAGUAGUUGUGGCGCAUGGGCUUAGUUGCUCCGCGGCACGUGGGAUCUUCCCGGACCAGGGAUCGAACCUGCGUCCCCUGCAUUGGCAGGUGGAUUCUUUUUGUUUUGUUUUGUUUUAUGAUUCUAUUGAUAAAAAAUUUACAUAAAAUAAAGUUCACCAUUUUAACCAUUUGACAAUGUAUACUCAUAAUGUUUUACAGUUAUCACCACUAUAUCCAAAACAUUUCCAUUACCCCAAGAAGAAACCCCAUACCCUUUGUUUCUCCUUCCCCAACCCUGAGCAAUUACUAAUCUACAUUCUCUCUAUAUGGAUUUGCUUAUUCUUGAUAUUUCAUAUAAAUGUGAUUAUAUAAUAUGCUGCCUUUUGUGUCUGGCCUCUUUCAUUUAACAUAAUGUUUUCAUAAUUUAUCCAUGUUGUAGCAUGUAUCAGUACUUCAUUUUUUUGUGGCUGAAUAAUAAUCUGUUGUAUUAAUUUGCCACGUUUUAUUUAGCCAUUCAUCAAAUGAUAGACAUGGGUCAUUUCCACCUUCUGGCGAUUAUGAAUAAUGCUACUAUACAUAUUUAUGCAUUAGUUUUUGUGUGAAUUAUUGUUCCAAUUAUCUUGUGUAUAUAACUAGAAGCAGAAAUGCUGUGUCACAAGGUAACUCUAUGUUUACCUCCUUCAAGAACUGAUAAACUAUUUUCCAAAGUCAUCACAGCAAUUUACAUUCCCACCAGCAGUGUAUGAGGAUUCCAGUUUCUACCACUCUUUGCCAAUAAUACUUUCAAUUUUGUUUUUCAUUGUAACUAUUCCGGUGGGUGUAGGAUAGUAUCUCAUUGUGAUUUUAAUUUGCUUUUCCCUGGUGACUAAUAUUGAGCAUCUUUCCAUGUGUAAUAUGUUGGCCAUUUGUAUAUUUUCUUUGGAGAAAUAUCUGCUCAAAUCCUUCACUCAUGUUUAAACUGACUUUUUAUCUUUUUAUCGCUGAGUUAAAUUUUAAUAUUUAUUAUAACUAUU